AGUGAAAAACCCAGGAGCCGUAAUGGUUUGAAAGCAGUGCCAUCCGCAUACCACACAAGGCUUGACCUGCAGCACAGUGCAGAAAUUCUCAGAGUGCAGGCUACAUGUUUUAUUUUUGGGGUAAAGAAGAUGUUGCCUGGAUGACUGAAAAGAAAUCAUCCUCCUGAAAUAGACCAGAGGACGCGAUUCUUCAAGUGCAUAUUUAUGGAAUAAAAACAGCCAUCAUGUCGGGGAAGUCGGAUGGAAAGAAGAAGUGGGCGGCAGUCAGGGGCCGCCUGGGCUCCUCACAGGACUCGGAUACCCAGCAGGAGGCCAACCUGGAGAGCGCCGAUCCAGAGCUCUGCAUCAGGCUGCUGCAGGUCCCCACUGUGGUCAACUACUCGGGGCUGAAGCGCCGCCUGGAGGGCAGCGAUCAGACGUGGAUGGUGCAGUUUCUGGAGCUGAGCGGGUUGGAUCUCCUCCUGGAAGCUCUGGACCGGCUCUCGGGGCGGGGAUGCUCUCGUAUUGCAGACGCUCUCUUGCAGCUCACCUGCGUCAACUGCGUGCGGGCAGUCAUGAACUCAUCUGCAGGGAUCCACUUCAUCAUAGACAAUGAAGGAUACAUUCGGAAGCUCUCACAAGCUUUGGACACUUCCAAUAUCAUGGUGAAGAAGCAAGUGUUUGAGCUGCUCGCCGCCCUCAGCAUGUUCUCUGCAGAAGGCCAUCGCCUGGCGCUGGACGCCCUGGACCACUACAAGGGCGUGAAGACUCGGCAGUAUCGUUUCAGUGUGAUCAUGAAUGAGCUGCAGGCCACAGACAACGUCCCUUACAUGGUCACGCUCCUCAGUGUCAUCAACGCCAUCAUCUUUGGGACGGAUAACCUCCGGCAGAGAGAUAGGAUGAGGAAGGAGUUUAUCGGACUCCAGCUUCUUGAUAUUCUGCCAAAGUUAAGAGAGCAGGAGGAUGAAGAUUUGAUCAUUCAAUGUGAAGCUUUUGAAGAGGCAAUGGCUGAGGAUGAAGAAGAGCUGCUGCGUGUGUACGGGGGCAUCGACAUGAGCAAUCACCUGGAGGUUUUCACGACACUCUUUAACAAGGUGAGCAGCUCUCCAGCCUCUCUGCAGCUGCUGUCCAUCCUGCAGACGUUGUUAGUGCUGGGGCCGGGUCACUCGGAUAUCUGGCUGGCUCUGGAGGCCAUCACUAACAGAGCCACACUGCUGGCCCAGGACUCUCAGAUGGAGUCCUGUGAGAAGAUCAUGCAGCGGCUGAUGUUCUCUAAAGGGAACAGCUGUGCGGGUCACCAUGAGGUGGACGGGCAGCGCGUGAAGGUGGAUAAAGCUGUUCAGACCGAUACAGAUCAGCAGGACGACACGAUCAUCACAUCUUCUCAGAAGCCGCUGUGUGCCUUACCGCCGCCGCCGCCUCCCCCUCCACUCCCACCCUCUGGUUUAACUGGGUCCGCACCUCCUCCACCUCCUCCACCCCCACCCCCUCCUCCUCCACCGCUGCCUGGAGGGUUUGGUGGACCUCCACCACCUCCUCCUUUACCUGAUGGCACCACCGCCCCACCACCGCCGCUGCCGCCCUUUGGUCUUGGCAUGGCUCCCCCACCACCUCCGCCACCUCUGCCAGUAAUGGGUGGCGGACCGCCACCGCCACCUCCCUUGCCUGGGAUGCCACCACCACCCCCUCCUCCCCCAGGCAUGAUAGUGGCUCAGAGCAGUCAGAUGCUGGGAUGUGCUCCGCCCGUAAAGGCAAACCGAUGCCCAACCCUGAGGAUGAAAAAGCUCAACUGGCAGAAACUCCGAGCAGUAACAGAUGGUCCCUCCAUGUGGGCCUCGGUUCAGAAAGAGCCUCCUCCUCAUGAGCCGGACUACAGCAGUAUCGAGCAGCUGUUCUGUCUCCCAGUGACUGAGCACAAAGACAAGGGGGCAGCUGCUCCUGUCAAGAAGGAGCCUAAAGAGAUUACAUUUAUUGAUCCAAAGAAAAACUUGAAUCUAAACAUUUUCCUAAAGCAGUUUAAAUGCAAAAACGAGGACUUUGUAUCCAUGAUUCAGAAAGGGGACCGUUCUAGGUUUGAUGUAGAGGUGCUAAAACAGCUUCUGAAGCUCCUACCAGAGAAGCAUGAGAUAGAAAACUUGAAAUCAUUCCAAGGAGAAAAAGAGAAGCUGGCAAAUGUUGAUCGCUUUUACACCUGCCUUCUCACGGUGCCAUGUUAUCAGUUGAGGAUCGAUUGCAUGUUGCUGUGCGAGGAGACCUCAUCAGUGUUGGAGAUGCUAAAACCUCGAGUCAAGCUGGUGGAGGAGGCUUGCCAGUCCCUCAGAGAGAGCACGCUCAUUCCUAGUCUCUGCAGACACAUUCUCGACGUUGGAAAUUUUCUCAACUACGGAAGUCACACAGGGAACGCAGAGGGGUUCAAGAUCAGCUCUCUGCUCAAGCUUACAGAGACCAAGGCCAACAAGAGCCGCAUUACGCUGCUUCAUCACAUCCUGGAGGAAGCAGAAGUGAACCACCCGGAGCUGCUUGAUCUGCCGGAUGAUCUAGAAAUCUGUGAAAAAGCAGCAGGAGUUAAUCUGGACUCUAUUCAGUCAGAAGCCAGUGCCUUACUAAAGCGACUGAACGAUACGGCUAAGAAGGUCUCCAACUCUGUCGACGAUGUGAAGGAGCAGUAUGCCAAAGUCCUUGAGGAAAGCGCCGAGAUGUUUCAAGCCCUAACUGAAAGGUUCACUGCUUUAGAGAAGAAGAAGAGUGAGCUGGCUAACUACUUGUGUGAAGACGCCAAUCAGCUGUCGCUUGAAGAACUCUUUGGAACCAUCAGGACUUUCCGAGGACUUUUCAUCAAAUCAAUGAAGGAAAACAAAACAAGAAGAGAGCUGGCGGCCAAGGCAGAGAAGAGAAAGAAGCAGCUGGCAGAGGAAGAGUCCAAGAGACAGAAGGGAGAGAACGGAAAAAUAAUCAAGAAAGGCUUUAUACCUCAAGACGACGGCUGCAUCGUCGACCACCUCCUGGCGGAUAUCAGGAAAGGGUUCAGCCUAAGAAAGACCAGGCCAAGGUGCGAUUCGGAAAGCCUACCUUCUAGUGAAAUGCGUAGGGAUACCUGCCCGUCUGGGUCAAGUGUGAAGCCUGUAGAAGAAGAAGUCGCCUCCAUUUCCGCUCCCACCAAACCUCAGACAGAGGGUCACCAUACCAGCGCAGGCGAAGUCAACGGCUUCAUCAGCCCUUCAGAAGAGACUCCACCAGCGCCACAGAGUGCGGUGGAAGACGGAGUAGCUGCAGUUCCCAGCACACCCCAAGUAGUAAAACCAGCAAUGGCAACACAGGCACACUUGAAAGGUCCGAUGUUGCUGCUGGAGGCGCAACACUCACAGGAACCUGCAGUUUCACCGCUAGAUAUAACACAACCUGAGUCUCGGGUUGAAGCAGACCAUCAAACAUGUCCCCCUCCAACAAAUGGCUUUUCAUUGGAUUCAACUGAGACCAGUGCCAUCAGCCCUUCUUCCCUCUCUGAUUCAGACCAGACAGAGGCUGUUUUAGACAGCACAUCCAGCCAGGAGAAGUUGACGCCUGAGGAGACAGUGGACAUAAGUGUUCAUUUUCAAAUCAAAGAAAGUCCUUUACCUAAAACAGACAGUGUGACGGAGGGUAGUGAAAGCACUAAAAGAGGAGAAGGGAAAAGUCAAACCAGUGAUAAAAUAAGCCAUUUAAAAGAGACUGCAGGAAAAGCAAGGCAGGAACACAUUAUCAUAGAAACCCACAACCAAGAUGACAUCAUCACCUACGAACAUACAGGCCCUAAGAGCAGUGUGACCACGCUCAGUGAGAGCAACGAGGGGUGGGACGUCCCUGAUGGACUGGAGUCAGAUAUCCAAGAUCUGCCGUCGGUCUCUGAAUCAGUGUCUGCACCCCUUAGACCCGAACCAAAGAAACAGGGAAGCUUCUUUAGACGAAACAAAAAGAGUAAUCCAGGUGACUCCCGAAAGAGGAAAUCGAGAGGAAAAAGAAAAUGUUAACGUCGCUGAACUGGAUGGACUGAAGUAUAUUUUAUUUAACGAGAACACAUGAGAUUUGACUCUUCGGGGGUGAAUGCAGAAGUCUUCCUUUUGCAAUGAUUUUUGUUUUUCAAGACCUAGGAGAUGAAACACAUCGAUGGCCUGGAUCUUCAAAGCGAGGAUGUUAUAACAUGUCACUUUAUGUAAAUGAGUUUCCGCUUUUGUGAAUAUGAUUGCUUUUGAUUGAGACAAAAAAAGCGAAAUGUGCUUUCUAUGUUUUGUACAAUUGUUGUUAUAUGCAUUGAAUGUGUUUUGCAAUAAGCUCUAUUAACUGUGCAGCACCUGCAGAAAGAAAGACAGAUGUAGUGUUUGGUGCAAGAUGUUUGAUUUAUCAUCCAAAAAAAGUAAUGUCUUUAUUUAAAGUUUAUAUAUAUUGUCCAAAUGAUCUCUAACAGCAAAUAUGAGGAAAGUAUUUAAAGGAUUGUAACUUUUAAUGUUUAUAUAUUUUAAUAAAAGUGAAUUGACUGUU